AUGUCCAAGUCGCAGGAUCUCACUCCGCAACUACAUCAUGCUCGACAACUACUCUCAGAGCUAAUACGUCAUAUCGAUGGAUUCGAUCUGACCCAGCCGAUGUAUCGUGCUCCGAUAUUGGAUAGGAUACGGUAUGAACCUUGGGGUCAAGAUGAAAUCAUGGGAUGGAAGAAGUGGUUCGAUGGUGUCGAGAAUCAUAUGAGGCUUCUGGAAGCUAUGAUCGAAUCGGGCGUACCACCAAAAGACGAUCCCAUCCCUACUGUUUCCAAUCUCAUCACGUACUGGAAAAUCAUCAUUACUUCCGAAUCGCCAAUAGUAGGUGUGAAGAUGAGUAUGGGUGGAGAUAAGAGGUUAAACAACACUUGGCCAAUAAAUAAACCUUCGCAGGGCGGUAAGAUCAAGGAUAAGGGAAAAGAAAAGGCCAAGGAGAAAGAGAAGGAAGUUUGGGUGGACGUCAUUGCUCAAGGUGGAAGGGAAUGGAAAAGGAUAUACAGUAAAAAGAUAUCCCACCUAUUGGCGGAAUUUAGAGAAGCGGAUUCAUAUAUAAACAGCGAUUACGAUUCUGAUUCAUCUUCACCUUCCGCUUCUUCAAGCAAGUCAAAACCCACACCUGGAAUGGAUAAUUCCCUCAUCACGACUGCACAAGAUCUACUUCGUGCUGCAAGUCUAGUGGAACGUAUACCUGGUGCUCCUGUACCUAAGAUAACCAUCCAUCUUACCAGAAUCCCGUCAUCACCAAAAGAUUCAUAUCGAGAAAGCGACACAUCCCUUCAGCGGGACAGUGAAGAAGAGGUGGAAUGGCCAGAUGAUCGUAUACCCCUCACAUUCCAGAAGAUCCGAGAAAUGGGCGUGAAUCUGAUAUUUGGCGAUCUAUCGCAAACACCACUGUCCUCUCUAAACGGCCCGACGGGUCCAGCCGAACCUAUACCGAGCCUAAGGUUCAAUCUGGAUAUAACCACCUUGAUGGGACUUUGCUCGGACGUCCUUCAUCAUACCUUACCUACAUCUAAGGACGAAGCUGCAUCUAGAUCACUCCGACCCACUAGUCAUUUAUUGCACAAUGCCGAUGGGGAAGUAGUAUUAGUAUCGAGAGGGAGAGAUGGGACGGGUAAGACCAAGAACAAGCUUAAGCGACAAAUCGAUAUUGAUAAUGAUGAUGAAGGCGAGUAUGAGAGAUUGAAGGGACAGAGUCAAAAUUCAAUAGAACUGUAUAAAUGUAUAUUAGAAGAGAUGGAAAGACCUUUUAUUGAAGAGUUCAAUAACGUCAUCCAAGAAGCUUGGAAAGAUCAAAGAUCAAUAUCAUCAAGACGGCUAGAUGACCUGAAGAUCAAGGAUGAUACUCAACCUCAAGUGGAAUUUUGGACUACCGUCGAAGCUGCUCAAUACACCUAUGAAGCACUUUCGUCUGGACCCGCACACGGACAUGGAAUGGAACAACUUCGUAUGCGGAGGAUGUUAGGUUUAGAACAAGGUGAUUUCUUUGAAGGAAGUAGGUAUAAAGGUAAUGAAGGUUAUUUGAAGGAUUUGAAAAUAAACAUAUUCGAUCUGGACGAAAAAGUGUUCAGGCCGAGGAGCAUUGAGGAGGUUUUGAAAAACGCUAGGAACCGUGGUGAAGGUCUAUCUACAACCAAUGGAAACGCUACUGAUCAGAUAAGAGUCGAUCAAGUUGGAAAUGGGAAAGUUGACGUAAAUGGGAAAACAGGAUUUCAUCAAACUUUAUAUUCUAUCACUUCCCUAUUCCUGAAUCAAUAUUACCUAUCCUUAGUUCCCAAUAUCGACACCAACCCGAACGCAAGAAAAGAUUCAGAUGGCGAUGGAAAAAUCAAAUCUCAAAAUCUUACAAUCAACCUACCCAACUUUUUACAACCUCGUAAAUUACCUACACCACCUAUUGCCAAAAUAUCUUUACCGUUCCCUGUAGUUUCUCUGCAUUCGUUGAAUCGCGGUGCGAAAGAGGGUAUGACGACGAUCAUGAUGGGUACUGCGACUUUGAAGGAGGUCUGGACUCAGGUUACGUGGAGGUUAAGAGGUUGGGAGAGAGGUUGGUAUAAUUGGGAUGAUGAAGAGAGAAAAACGGAAAGGGGGAAUGCAGCUGUUAUGAUUUUCCCUUAUAGGGUAUUUGGAGAAGGUAAGAGGGUGAGAUUUGAGAAGGGAGAUUAUUCUUAUCCUACGAAAGAUUGGUGGGAUGAGGAUGAUACGGCAUGA